AUGACACAUGAAAAUUACACAAUCUUCCGAGAAUGUCUCUCGAGCGCAAUCGUCGCGCGCUCCGAGAAACCCACCUCCAAACGCAGAACUAAAGUCAAGCGCAAUGGACGUAAAGAAAUGACCGUGACGAAGACCGAGGUAUUUUCCGAACGAGCAAGUCCUGAAGAACUGGCCGAAUUUAUCGAUUUCAUUGCCUCCGAAACCUUCGAUUCCUUCCCCGAAGAUCUGAAAACACUUUCCUACGCCGCAAUACAGCAUAAUGCGGAACUUGCGAAGAAAUAUAUUCCACGCGAUAACGACACACCUCUUGACCGUGCGGUCCUCGAUACAAUCUGCAUAGUAACGCCCGUCGAGGUGACGGACUCUUUAUCUGUGUACGGACUUAUUCCCGACACGGCUGAUUUCGCGGAUUUCAUAUCUCCGGUUUUGUCGGAGUAUAUUGGUGGUGUUACGAGUGGUCCGCCAGCGUGGUCUACGACGAAGACGGAUGCGUGUGAGAUCUGUGAGCGGAAUUGGAUCCCGUUGUCGUAUCACCAUUUGAUUCCGCGAGGUGUGCAUGCGAAGGUGAUGAAGAAAGGGUGGCAUGAUGAGUGGAUGUUGAAUAGUGUUGCCUGGCUUUGUAGGGCGUGUCAUAGCUUUGUGCAUCGGAUGGCGGGGAACGAAGAGUUGGCCAGAGAGUGGUAUACUGUUGAGAGGAUUAUGGAGAGGGAGGAUGUGAGGGAUUGGGCGAAAUGGGUUAGCAGGGUGAGAUGGAAGGCGACAUGA